AGAAUAUCAGUAUUGAGUAAAUUAUGUUCAAAACUAAAAUAAUAUGAAAAUGUUUUGAGACUAUGCAUCAAUCAAAAAAGUAUGGCGGCAAUUUACAAAGUUUUUACAGCAAUUUCUUUAUCUUUGUUUAUUUCUGGUACUAAUUCCGCAACAUUGAAUGUGCCAAAGGUACUGCUUCCAUACUUUAGUGCAGUGCCUGUGAAUUACACUUUAGAAGCGAGCGAUGGCUGUUACACUUGGAGAUCAACCCGUCCAGAGAUUGUCACAGUGACACCUAUAUUUAACAAAGAGGACCCAACAUGUUCCAGAUUUGCGCAGGUUACAGCAAUAUCUAAGACACCUUCUCGUAUGACAUCUGUAGCAAUUGCUGAGAAUGAGUUGACAGGGCAACAGCUACGAGCUGAUGUAAUUGUUGAUGUGAUCUAUGCCAUUGACAUGGUAACAACCACACGUGAGCUUCACCUUGAGGACCCGCCUGAAGAAUUCCAGAUCAGAGCCCUCUGUGAUCAAGGUAAUACAUUUAGUACACUAGAUGGGGUUCCCUUUGAGUGGAGUCUUAUCUCCAAUACAGAGACAGAUCAGAACAUAGUUGAUGCUCACAAUGUACUGAGGAUUCUCAGUUAUACAGAGUCUAAUUACGAUGUUUUACCUCAUAUAGCUAAGCUAGAGGCACGAGGUCUUCAAGGAGACAAUGUGCUAGUUGAAGGCAUUAAAACUGGAUCUGCCUUAGUAAGCACCAGACUACAUGACCCUGUGUAUAAGAAUGUACAUGCUACAGUUGUAAGACUGAUAGUGAUUGCUAAUAUAGCGCUGAACCCCUCAGUAGUCUACCUCAUGAGGUCUGCCCAGGUGAAGUACAGAGUAGAGUUACUGAGGCAGGGCAAGCCACAAGCCAUCCCUAUGCCAUCAGCCCAGUAUUAUUUAGAAGUUGAGACAGCAAGUAUUGCCAGCCUAGAUACUAAAACAUCAAUCGCUACAGCUUUACAGCUUGGACACACAGAAGUUGUCUUAAGAGAUAGAAAUAUUGUUGUGAAAGAGUCUUUCAGGCAGCCCUCAGCAGGAAUAUAUGUGGUGCAGCCUGGCUAUUUAGGUUUUGUUGUUCUACCAGGGAGGAAGUGGGUGUUGGAGACUGAUAGAGAAUAUGAGGUGCUCAUUGAAAUAUAUGACAAAGACAGCCAUAAGCUUUUCCCUGCUGAUAAUGUGAGGAUCUCUGCCAUUUUUCCUAAAGAGUACUUUAAAGUGUUGUACUCAUCACUAAAUGGUACCUACCAUAGAGUACACACUUUACAGCGAGGCUUCCUGGAUAUAGAAGGCACACUCAAGUCUGUCAUACAGCAGGAUGGAACAGAGCUGCCAAUCUUGCCACUCAUCCAAAAUAGUCAAGAUGUUGAGAUAUAUGAUAGGAUCAGUGUUAAACCCCCAAUAUUAGUGGUUCCCUGGGACCCUAUUACCAAGGCAACAUACUCAUACCAGCUACAGGCUGAAGGUGGUAGUGGCAAUUACACCUGGAGCUCUUCAAAUGAGAAGAUAGGAAGUGUGAAUGUACGAGGCUUGGUGUCAUCGGGUGUGAUUGGACAGACAACUGUGACAGCUGCUGAUAUGAGGAAUACUGCACACACUGGAUCAAUGGUGAUGUAUGUCACUCCCCCUACGGAUGCAUACUUUGUGCCCUCACCAGUGGAAGCUGAGAUUGAUUCAACAUUAGAGUUACCGCUAGCUGCCUUCACAAACCUGCCUAAUGGUCUUGGACGUCAUAUGUUUGCUGACUGUAGGUUCCUACCUUGGAAAGUGACCAUAACAGAUGGCAAUGUGUUCACUCACAUUGAAGAGACACUACCUAUACUUGAGGAGAGUUGCACUACAAUUAAGGUUAAAGCACUUAGGUUAGGACACACUCAAGUCAUAGCAACAUACGAUUAUGGUGGAGUGCAUCUUAGGGCGAGUGUCACUAUAGCAGCUUAUAAACCUCUUAAGGCUAUAGACCCAGAUGACCAGGUAGCUGUGGUGACUGUGGGAUCAUCUAAGGAGGUUAUAUUUGAGGGAGGGCCACAGAAAUGGGUACUUGACUACUCAAAGUACUUCCAACUAUUGAGUGCAGAAGAUGCAGAUAUUUUGACCAUCACACAUCUGCCUUCACUUGGUGUUCAAAAAAAUCAGCACGUAUUCCGAGUAUUGUGCAGAGACAUAGGAGAACAGAGAUUAACUGUGAAUGUUGGGAAUGGGGCAACAUCCAAGAACAAGUUUCCCGAUACAGCUAAAGCUACAGUCAAGCUGGCUUGUGCUGUACCAGUAGGACUUCAUCUAGAGCCAAUUGUCAAUUACCCAACACUUGAUCUACCUUGCCCUAUCACCAAAGACUCAAAUCUACCAGUGCCUGUUCAUAGUUCCAAAGAACUCCAGUUGUUAGUUACAGUGACAGAUAGUAAUGGAAGAAAGUUCCACAACUUCUCAUCUUUGGAUUUUGAGUGGGAUAUAUCCAACACCCAGCUUGCUAAGUUUGCAAAUGGAGAAAGUGAGAUGACCACAGAGAUAGAUGUCACAGAGACAGGACGUAAAGUCAGAAGCUACCAAGUUAUUGAAAUGCAGAACAAGCUUGGGUCCCUCACCAUCAGGGCAACAGUGAACAAGUAUGAUAAAGUAGGCCACUUCAACCCCAAAGGCAUCAGAUAUAAUGAUAAACUGGACCCUGCCCUGGAGAGAAUUCUGGAGCUUAUCUUAGUAGAGGAUGCCACUAUAAACCCUGAAAUGAUCUCAAUUUUCAACCACCCCACUAACAAAGCCACUCUUACAGUAGAGAAGGGCUCUGGUUAUUUCCACAUUGAGUCAGACCAGGCCAAACUUGCAGAUGUUUCGUACAACUCCAAAACAAGAAAAAUCCAGGUGAUUCCCAACAAAGAUGGAUCAUUCCCUCUGAUAGCAUAUGACUUGUGCCUCAACAGAGCAGAUGGCGCACAUGCAACUUCCAUGGUGCACAUAUCAGGAGUCAACACCAUAGAUCUAACAGUCGUAGAUAAGGUAGAGAUCCACAAGGAGAUUACAGCAUAUGUUAGGGUCCUAGAUAACAAUGGAGAAUCUUUACUGGCAUCUAAUUUUCCAUUGAUGGGAUUAAAGCCACAGACAGGAUCAGACAUCAUAUCUAUCAGAGCUGACCCAUCAAAGAACAAAGAUCCUUACACCGCACAAUACAUCAUCAAGGGCUUAUCUCUAGGUACAACAGGUCUAUCUUAUAUAGCCAGCCUCAAGUCUGGUGAGGUGAUAUCCAGUAGGUCCAAGGAUGUCCAGGUGUUCCCACCACUUAGACUGGACCCUAGGAACACUACCAUCAUUGUAGGAUCAUUCCUUCAGAUUACAGCAUAUGGUGGUCCUCAACCCCAGUCAUCCAUAGAAUAUACAAUAGAGGACACUACUAUAGGGACUAUAUCUUCUAGUGGAUUGAUCGAGGGGUUAGAAGUAGGUAAAACAAAGGUCAUAGGGAAAGCAGCUGGACGUGACUCAGAGACAGGAAAGAUGGUUGUGUAUUCUCAGGAUGAAGUCACUGUUUAUGUUGUACAAUUGACUGGGAUUAGAAUCUUCACACCUUUAACGAGGAUUGAGACAGGUACCCAGAUGCCUGUGUAUGCUCUUGGAAUGAAUGAGCAUGAAACACCAUUCACAUUUGGAAGUUCCCUGCCUCCUUUAGAAUUCCAUUGGAGCAUCAAUAACAAAGAGGUCAUUGAACUGAAAUCAGUAUACUAUAAGAGUGGCAUUCAGAUGGCACCCCAGAGUAACUUCGCAAUGAGGGUCUUCGCCAAAGAGGAAGGUCAUGUGACCAUCAAGCUGCAUGUGGUGCCAUCUAGUGACUCAAAUGUGCAAGUGGUGAACAAUGUGGCUUUAAAUGAUGAAGUCCAACUACAGGUAUUUGAGCAGCUUGGGUUAGUGAGUCCAGCCACGUGUGAUGGUGAAUUGAUCAUGACACCUAACACUGAGACGCAAGUUAAAACCAACAGGGACGGUUCAGCAAGAUUAACAUACAAAGUCCAGCAGCAAGAAGGUGGGCUUAAAUCCAGCAAGCAAUCUGUGGUGACUGUGGAUGGGGCUGGCCAAGUCGUAUCAGGUAGAUCUAGUGGCCAGGCUAGCUUACUCAUCACAGCUCAUGAGGACUUUGGUAUCAAUCAGACUAUGGUCAUAUUAAUCAAGGUUAAGCCAGUAUCAUAUAUGAUGCUCAAUGCUGACACAAUCAUCCAUACAUCUGGUGGAUUGCUGAAGAAUCUACCAGUCGGAACCAGCCUCUCUUACACAAUCAGUUACCAUGACGAUGUUGGCUCAAAAUUCCAUGCAACUAACACCCAGUUGAAAUACAGGCCAAAUAGAUAUGAUCUCCUACAAGUCACGCCAGGAGUUGAGAACUCAACGCUGGUUGCUCGUGCAACAGACAUCGGACAAACAAUUUUGAAGGUUUGGGACCAUAAUAAUCCAAGGAUAGCAGACUACAUCAACAUAAAUGUUGGACAUGCCAUCAGCCCUUCACAGCUUCAUGUUACACUUGGUGACAUUAUUUGCUUCUCUAGUCCAAUAGUAACAAGAUCAAAUUAUAAAGGAACCUGGUCUGCUAGCAGCAAUGUUAUAACUAUAGAUGGGGCUACAGGUGUCUCAACAGCGUCAUUUAUUGGCAGUACAUUGAUUCGUUACAAUGUAUCAGAAUCCCUUGUCACCAGCACAGAGGUGUCUGUCUCUGCUAUCAAGAGUGUCUCCCUGGACAUGACAAGUGUGUCAUACCUCACUAAUGUAGAGGGGGGCAGGAGCAAGAAGAUAGCAGUUCCAGUCAAACUCCAUGGCUCUAGUUUAUCCCAGGCUAACAUUCACGGUGAUGAUUGUAGCUCAGUUAUCCAAAAGGAGUUUAAAGUGAGCCACAUGCCAUUUACAUGUGAGCUUAGCCUCAGUAAGCCACACCCUGAGGUGGCUAUAUGGGACUUGUUCACAGCAUCACCCAGCUUUGACUCAAGCACAGGUCAAUAUGGGUGCAGUCUGACUCAGGUUUCCAACCCAGGCUUGGCCCAACAAACAAGCACUUUAGACAGCACGAUUGAGCUGACUGCUCGUGUGAUAGAACGCACACAACAGACAAGCAUCCGUUCCACUCCCAUUAGCCUGGAAUUCCUACCAGCCUUCCAUGUGUUCACCAAUGAGGUUCAAAUCAGUAAUUUAUUACCCUUAGCAACUGUUAGGGUAUCUGCAGUCAGCGCAGUCUUCGACAACAUUCAAGUGACAUCGAGUGAUUCUAGCAUUAUCAGUAUACUAGCAAGAGAAAGAGACCCCCAGGCCCAGAAUGUGGCACACUUCCCUAUACAGCUUUUAGACAAGGCUGUUAAUAAAGCUGCCUUGUUAGACAUGGACCAUCUAGAAGCUGUUGUAGAUAUUGUGUGUGAUGUAACGGGACAGCGACAUAGUGUUUCUGUUAAAAUCAAGCUGAUUGGUCAGAAAGAUACCAUUGCAGGAACUCCAGUUUCACACGAAGAUCCAAUUGUGAGAGGCUGGGGAGGACUGUUUGCCAUAAUUGCCAAUAACUACAUGAACUGGUUGAUCAUACUCAUGAUCUUGAUUGUCAUGCUCGUUUUGAUCAUUAUAGGGUAUCGCCUACUUCUAGCCCCUCUACACAGGAGCCCCAGCCACCCAGCAUUCCUACCCCCAGGGAGCCCACAGCAGCAACAGUUCAUCACAAAUUCACCCUCAGGCUUCCAGCCCUCCCCCUGGACCUCUCCUUAUUCCUCAGGUAGUUCUCCCAGCAAAGUUCCACUCUGGAGCUCAGGAUAUGAGCCUAGAGAUGACAAUAGUUCCAUUUACAGGAGGACUACUCCUGCUAGCAGGUCACCUUAUAGUCAAUGAGUGUUCUCCCAGCAAAGUUCAACUGUGGACCUCAGGUUAUAAGCCUGAGAUGACAGUUACAGGAGGACUACUACUAGCAGAUCACCAUAUUGUAAAUAAAGAUUACUCAACCAGUCAAGUUCCAUUCUGGACCUCCCGUUAUGAAACUCGAGAUAACAAUAUAUUACAGGACUGCUUCUGCAAGCAGAUCAUCUUAGGCCAUGGAAAAAAUAUUCUUGUUUCUAGAGACCAUGAUAUGCUUAAUUAGUUGUUAUCUUCACAACUUCCCAAUUUGAUUUUUUAGAUUAUUUUAAAACAAAUUAAAUCUUUGAUUUGAUGGAUAUAUGAAAAUAUAGGAUUAUAGCAAAAAUAUUCCUAAAUAAAGCAAGAUGAUUUAUUGG